AUGCUCAAACUUCUACCAUUCUUGCUCAUUGGCCAAUGUAUGGCAUAUAAUUUUUAUUGGUAUGAUAAAACCCAAACCCUUUCCAAUCGUCAAGUGAUGGUUCAUUUGUUUGAAUGGAAAUGGAGGGAUGUUGCGAACGAGUGCGAGAAUUUCCUGCAGCACUAUGGUUAUGGAGCUGUGCAAGUCUCGCCGCCCAAUGAGCACAUCGUUCUCUAUCAGAAUAAUGAUGUGCCCUGGUGGGUUCGAUAUCAGCCGGUCAGCUACAAAUUGCAAUCGAGAAGUGGAAAUGAGGCGGAAUUCAAGGAAAUGGUUGAACGAUGCAAUAAAGUUGGCGUCAGAAUUAUCGUUGAUGUUGUUAUGAAUCACAUGGUCGGAAUUGGUGAAAAGAAUGGCGUCAAUGGUGUGAAAGGAUCGGCGGGAUCGGACUUCGACGGACGACACGGUGUGCAAACGUUUCCGGGUGUGCCCUACACACUCGACGAUUUCAACAAUCCGAAAUGCGACAAGGACAUUGGCGGAUCGGAUUAUCAGAAGAGCGCCGAGCACGUGAAAAACUGCCGUCUCGUCGGUCUGCUCGAUUUGAAUCAAGGCUCAUCGAGUGUUCGCGCCAAAAUCGUCGCCUAUCUCAACAAGCUCGUCGACUACGGCGUCGCCGGAUUCCGACACGACGCCUCGAAACACAUGUGGCCCGAUGAUAUUCUCGCGAUAUUGAACUCGGUGAAGGACCUUCGCGUCGACAUUUUCGGCGCCAAUCAGCGGCCGUUUGCCGUGCACGAGGUGAUCGAUCGCGGCGGUGAAGCGGUGAAAGUCGUCGACUAUCUCGGCCUCGGUCGAUACACCAACUUCAAUUUCGGCUCGGCGGUGAGCUCGGCGGCGCGCGGGCAAAACGAUUGGCGGAAUUUGGCGAAACUCGGGCCCGGCUACGCAUACGGCAACAAUGAGGAUCACGACGUCGUCAAUUUCAUCGACAAUCACGACAAUCAACGCGAUUCGAAUCCCUACGUGGUCACCUACAAAGACGGCCGAAAAUACGAGUUGGCUGUCGCGUUCAUGCUCGCGUGGCCCUAUGGAUAUCCGAGGGUGAUGAGCAGCUACAGUUUUUCGAAAUCGGAUCAGGGACCACCGAAUACGGGAGCGGCGAAUGAUUACGCGACGGCGAGCCCUCGCUUCAAUUCCGACGAGACGUGCGACACGAGCUCGGGAUUCGUAUGCGAGCAUCGUUGGCCAUCGAUUCGACAAAUGUCGAAAUUCCGAAGUGCCGUUGAAGCGACGGCGGCCGCCGAAAUCGUCACCGACAAUCAGCGCAUCGCGUUCGCUCGCGACGGCGUCGGCUUUUUCGCGUUGAACCAACAAUCGGCAUCGUGGGGAAAAAUAUUCAAAACCACACUGCCGGCCGGCGAUUAUUGCGAUUAUUUCAGUGGCGGAAUUAAGAGCGGCUCGUGCGUCGGAGCGAAGGUUUCGGUGAAUAAUGACGGAACUGCAUAUUUGAACGUUCCCUCGAACUCAGUGAUUGCCAUCUCAGUGUCAUCAAGAAUUGGCGGAUCGCCACCACCGCCGGCGGUUCCUUCCGGCUACAGCACCACAGUGAUAUUCAUCAAAAAGGAUACGCAACAGGGACAAGAUCUGUUCAUUCGCGGUGGAGCGAGCAACAGCCAUAACGGAAAAUGCGCCAUCGGUCCGUUUCAGCAGGACAGCUAUCCGUGCGCGAUACCGAUUCGCCACAACACCACCGUGCCGUUUGUGUUCGCCGAAUAUCUGUCGUGGAGCCAACAGGACAACUAUUUGGAUUUCGAGGGCGCCGAAGAGAAGCAAGGAACGCACGACGGCCGCGCCGCGUUCGGCACCCCAUUGGCGUACUCGACGAAUGACAAGAACGCUGUCGAAUACCAGCCAUUGAACAAAUAUGGUGCCGGCUAUUGGAUGGCUCAACUCAAAAUGGAUUGCGGUCGAUCGGAGAAUGGAUGGUUCGAAGUCAAAGGCUAUUUGACACCAACAACCGGCUGGGAGAGCGAUGUGAAGCAGUCGAAAUGCUCCGGAUCCAUUGGCGGAUCGCCACCAUUCUCGUCAAUCAAUCAUGUCGCCAAAUGCGGGGCCAUCAAUGUGUUCAAUUGGAAUUCGGGGGAUUAUAGUAUUUGGGAUUUCAGCGAUCUCAAAUUCUUCCUGAUUAUCUCCACCAUCGAUUUUUUCGCGUUGCUCUUCAAUAUUUUUCUAUUCCUUAUUGUAUUUUUGAAGAAGGACAAAAAGCCUUUCCCAACGGUUUAUAUUUACAAUAUGAUUAUUUCGAAUGUUUUGAACAUUCUGAUGACACACGUCGGAUUUUUCUUGCCGAUUCUGUGGACCGACGACUUCUACAAUCGUAGAAGCUUCGCGACGAGACCCACAAUGAUUCUGAUUUUAGAGUUUCGAUUAUCCGAGAAUCGUUAUUUCACUAUUGUGUGCUCAUUGUCCUAUCGCCAUCAGCUAGCGCUCACAUUUCUCAUGAUGGUCCAUCGAAUCGUUAUCGUCACGACACCAACGACCACCAAAUUCACACCAUUCCAUUUAUGGAUUUAUUCCGGACUUCUUGCAAUGAUCGGCUUGAUUCUCGAGCUCAUCCCACUGUUUUCCGAUCGCUUUCUGAUUAUGAAUCAGCGAAAUUUGCAGUUCAGAAGCGCAGCCUCUCCGGAUCUUCAUCCGGUGUGA